AUUUGUGUUAACGAGUCUUGGUUCAUUACAUUCGGCGGGAGGGGAUGGGCAUGGCGUGGACUUAAUUAACUUUAUUUUAUCAAGGAUGACUUCUAGAAAACGAUAGCCUUUUUGUGAUAAUUCUAAAGUAUUCGACUCCAUUUUGGCUCUAUUAGUUACAAAUGAAAAUAAGGACAAAUUAUGAAACAUUCACAACUAUUUGAGAUUUUUCUAUGCUUCACGCUUUUUUUUAGGCAUUACCGUUAUUAUACGGCGGCUAUAAUCUGAACAUUACGAACAUUUCAAAACAAUAUUUAUAAGUCAUAGUCAACUUGGAAAAUCACUAGUCAAUUACUCCAAGACCUGGAAGUUUCUCUAGAAUAUCUCGGUUUCUAGUUAUUUAGGAUGUUUUACGUUUUCCUAACGUAUGUUUUGGAAGGUUUUUGUUAUCAGAAAUUUCAGCAAUGUUUUUUUUUUCAAAAAAUUUCAGCAGACUAAGUCUUAAAAUCGUAUUUUAAUGUAAACAAAAAGGGAAAAAGUAAAUUUAUACAAAAUAUGAAAAGCUGAUAGUUUAGAUCUACAGAAUCUAAAAUUACAUGAUAGCUUUUGAAUUUUACGGAAAAAACUCUUAAUAUAUAAUUUCAUAAUAUUGCCUAUAUUUUACAAAUUAAGUUUACCAUAGAGUUUCAUAAUUAUAACACUAUAAUUGAUAUGUCAAUCGUAAUCAAUUCAUUUCAUUUCACCCAGACUACCUUCUAGUAGAUAUGGUUUAUCUUAAAAAAUAACAUCAAGUUUGUAUAAAGAGACAUACAAAGAAAAAUGACAAAUGACAAUCAAGUUGAUUUAAAUAUAGAAGACAUAUAGAAAUCAACAUACUCCAAUAUACAAUAUUCACUUUUGUUAGGGAUGGGAAAAAUAUCUAUAAAUUUUGACUCGGUUUCUUAUCUGUUUCAAUUCGAACAAAAAAAAAACUGGAUAUCUCUAACUCUAUGAAACCAGUCAAAUACCAAUAUACAAUAUGCGUAAGAAACAAAACAAAUCAUAAAUACUAAGAUUUUUAGUAAUAGAUAUCUGAUCUGAUCUGUUAUGUUCAUAUAUACAUAUAUUUAAAAAUUAUAUAAGUUAUAUAAAUUUUAUAUUUUAUAGUAUUUUUAUUUAAUUAAUUUAUUAUAUUAGUUAUUAAAAUUUUAAAAAAUAAAUAAAAUUUUGUAAUAAAAUAUUUUUAUUUUUUAUUUAUUUUUUAAUUUUAUAGAUCGAAUUAGAUAUCUGAUCAAAAAUCUAAAAUUUUCCGGAUAUCCGAUGUCCGAAUCGAUUAGAUCGGAUAAUUGAUUAUUCAGACGAAACUGACAGAAUCAAAAAUACCUCUGAAACUCAGAUAUCCCCUUUGUGCCCCCUAUUUUUGGUUUUGAAAAAUCAUUGUUUCUUGCUUUAUACUUUAAAUAUUCCAGUGAUUAAUCAUUUGCAUAAAGAAAACUGAUUAAACAUUUGGUGUAAAAAAAUCAUCCCACAAAUAAUUAAAAAAUCUGACACAAAAAUCUUAGGAUUGAUCACAAUUAUCUUUACUAGCUUCGUUGUCUUUUUUUUUUUAAAAUGGUAUUAUGAUUCUGAUAUGUAAGUAUAUAUUAACAAAAAAUAUAAGUGAAUUAAAGACACGUUAAUAGAAUAAAAAGCUCAAAAAUAGGUUUGGUCAAAUAAAAAAAAGCUCUAAUUUAACAAUGAUUAUUGAUAUAUAGAAAAAAAAUAUGAACAAGCAAAUCCAAUAAUUCUAUAUUCAUUUUUGUUUGCCAGCAAUUAUAUAUUCAUUAUUCCAAAGUCCAACGAGAAAAUCACUAAUUCUAUAAAUGAACAACAUACUAGUAGUUAUCUGAGCAUCAUCAUCCUCCUCGUCAUCAUCGCUUUUAAAACCCCCUCAAAAAUCUCUGAACACCUUCUCUCUAAAACAAUCAUCACUCAAAAUAAAUCCUCUCUCUGUCUCUGUACCUCUGUAACCUGAUUCGAUAUGGGUUUUAGCAAAGAAGAGAUUAGCAAAAGCAGAAGGUUCUGGUCUUCUCUAUGGAGAGGGAUCAAAACUGUAUUCGUUUUGUUCACAAUGUUCCUCUCUUUUCUCCUCGUCUCUGCUCCCAUCUUCCUCGCCGUUGCAGACGCUCUCCUCCCUUCCGCCCUCCUCCACCGCCUCUCUGCGCCGGCGAACCUCUCUUCUCAUCUCACCAACUACGAUUUUCGCCACUCCCUCAUCGAUAUUCCGUUAAUCUCCAUCGUUAGAUCCGCCGUUAUACUCUGCGUUUACGGGCUUUGCGAUGGACCCAAGUUAUCAAGAGGUCCAUAUCUAAUGAUAACAAUGAUCUGCUCUGUUUCUUCUCUAAUCUACGUUUCGUUAAAAGCUGCGUUCGUGUUCGGCGAGCCGACGAACGGAGACGGCGGAGGUAGUUACUUCAAAGCGGCGGAAGUUGCUCUGUUUCUCUGCUCCUCUGUUUUAGCCAUCGGUCAUAUAGUUGUAGCGUAUAGAACAAGUUGUAGAGAGAGACGAAAGCUUCUCGUCUUCAAGAUCGACAUCGAAGCUGUUUCAGCAUGUAAAAACGUGCACCCGAGAUAUCAAAAGAUCCUCCAACAAGAGAGACUCAAAUAGCGACGUAUUUCAAGAGACUCGAAUACUUGUUGUAAAUACAUGCACGCAUGACGUAACCUUGUAUGAACGUGUAUAUAAAUAUAAAAGAUACGUAUACGACGUAUGAAUGGAGCUUCUUCUUCUGCCUUUGGUGUUGACCCAUCAACUCCUUAGCUUUUAAGUUUCAGAAAGAUCCAAAGGGCAAAAGAUAGUAAAAGGCGGGAGGAACAGAUAGUGGGGCGUUUAUCACCUAAUGAGAAUUAUACAUAUUUUAAUGCAAGACAACUCCGAUGAAUUGGCAGUUGUUAGCUUUGAUAUUAGAUUAGUUAGUUAGUUUUGUAUAUAAUAUAGUUUUGUUUGUUUUGUAAUAACCUAGAAUUUAAAAAAAAAAUACCUAGAGUUCAUCAAUGAGAAAAGAAAAGAUUUUUCAAAAAAAAAAAAAAAUCAAUGAGAAAAGAUGCCCAAGGCAUUUUAAAAAAAUCUCUCCGUUUUGUAUAUAUUUUAUGAAUUUUGUUUUAAUAUGUGCGUUAAGUAAGCAAGCAUUUUCGACCAAAAAGUAAGCAUUAGAACAAAUAUAUUGUGAAUGCUGUUAUGCGUCAUCAACACUUCUUAUAUAAUCGUAAAGCAACCAUUUUAAGAUCAUAUACUUAUCUUGUAUACCCAACAUAUUUGCAUUAUCGGUAUAAGAUACAUCAAUCUAUUUAAUUAAUAAGUGAAAGAGAGUCUUCGCGAAAACUGUUCAUUGAUUUCCCUGCUUCUUGUCAUGUUUCUUUUUACCUUCCACCUGUUGCAAACUCUACAUUUUUUUUUUUGUCAUUGAAAUCACUUCAAGUGUUUGAACUCCAACAGAAAGUUUGAAGGAAAGAAAAAAACGAAGAAAAAUAACAGACAGAACUAACACCACUAGGUGCUUGAGAAACAAAUACCCUAGGAAGGAUAAAGAGAUAAAACCAUGGCUUCUUACUCUACUAAGACAGGCUAUGGCAGCUUCAACAUGAGUAUAAAGAUUGAGAGUUAACUGCCUCAGCAAAAAUAGUGUCAUUGAGCCAACUUGGACCUCCACGAGCAAUACAAGAACUCCAUCGUCCAUCAUUCGUAACGCUGACAGCAAUCUGAUCUGCUACUCUAUUUGCAGAAACAUUCACAACUUCCACCAAACAGCUUUGGAAACAAGAUAGAGCUUGACGAGUACACUCAAUUAAGUGGGACAAACCCGGGAGUCUGUGUGGAUUGUUCAAAGCCUCCAGAGCUUGAGGUGAUGAGAUUUCUAUGAUAUAAAUAUAUGGAGGGUAGUCCCCGAUUGUCAAGGUAUCAAACUAAUGGGCUUUUAAUAAAUGGGUUUUAAAGAGUGAGAGAACUUCAACCGGGACCAAAAUCGUUUCUUUUUUGUGAAAUCGACAAAAGAGAUCGCUAGAAAGUAGGAAACAAAAGAAAACAAAUCAGAGAAAAACCUUAAAUGGAGACACCAACCAUUGGGACCAAAGUUUUUUUUUUUUCAAAAUGUAGUGAAAGAAAAUAGAGACACCACAAAAGAAUAAGGUGAAGAGAGAGACCAAUCACAUAAGACAGCGCUGGGAUAAGGCUUCUUAAAACAUGAUUAGUGGAAGUUUCUUAGGACAUGUUGAAGAUGGUAAUUAUUCAUUCACAUACUGUAAAGAUAUAAUUCCAACGUGGACGUUCAACAUUUUAGAAAAUAUUAUCAAUCGAUAUAUUGUAUUCGUUUAAUUUGAAAAUACGAAUAGUGGCUCAUUAUUAUAUUGACUUUUGAAAAGUUACAAAUCCUCCUUUGUCAUAUUCUUCAGAAGAUAUGAUAUUUUUCUUGGUAAUUAAAUAAUACUCUCUCCGUUUUUUAAUAUAAGUCGUCUACUUAUCUUAUAGCUAUGUACAUAGAUUAAGAAAAUCAUUAGUUUAUUAUAUUUUUUAAACAAAAACAUCAUUAAUGAUUUACCUAACCACAAUUCAACCAAUAAAAAAAUAGAAGAUAUAUUAUCAUUGGUUAGAUAUCAUUAAUUAUUAAUAAAUUUUACAUAAAAAAACCGAAAACGACAUAUAAUUUGGAACAAAAAUUUUUCUUUGAAACGACUUAUUAUGUUAAAAAACAGAAGGAGUAUAAAGGAGGCGAAUAUUUUUCUUGGCAAUACGUCACGUAAAAGCAAAGAGGUUUGGUCAAAAAUAAAGAAGAGAAAGAGCGAAGGUGUUGGUCUCGUUUCUUCCGGGACUAAUACGGUUUAAUUUUGCAUGAUACAAAUAGUACCAAAGUUUAAAAUCAUCUCAUAAUAGCUUACAUGUACACAAAACGAGAUAAUAUGUUACUUUUGCAACACCAGCUUGUUGUAACUAAUGAAAUGCAAACCAAUAUAACCUAGUGGUAACGGUAAGAGUUAGGUUGGAGCAAAAUGUAAAUCCGUCAAUAAUUUUAAAUUUGAUUUUUAUUGGGAACAAAAUUGAAACCAUAUCUUAGGUUUGUCUAGAAAAUCAGGGAACCUGGUUAUAUACAUUCUUAGGUUUUAAAAUAAAAACUAAUAAAAUGAAAUUAUAAUUUCAAGAAAUCUACAAAAAAAAAUAGACAAGGGCAUAAAUAAAGUGUAAUAAUUACGGCGUAUAAACCAGUAAAAUAAACGAAUAGAAACGAAUAUAGAAAAUGCAGUUGGUGAAGAGUACACGUUGUUCCACUUUUCUGGACUGAAGAAGAAAAAGAGAAUAUUAAAAAAGUGAAUAAUUGAGAGCAGACGUUAUACCUUCCCCAUCCACAUUUCUUGCUAACUACACAACAAACAAUACAUCAAUUCUGCCAGAUAACGUUUUGAGAUUUUGUCUAAAGCUAAAAGAACAAUUUAAAGGUAUUUCUUGUUAAGAUCGAAAACUCUGUUUUGCAGUUUUUGAGUUUUUGAAUCAAAGAUGGGGAGGUUGUUUGUGGUUCAUCUUGAAGGGAAGAUCUAUAGCUGCAAACACUGCAAGACUCAUCUUGCUUUAUAUGAAGACAUCAUCUCCAAGGAGACUGCUCAUGAGAAGAGCCAGAAGUACAAAGAAGGAAAGUCAGUUCUUGAAAGAUUUAAGAUAUCGGGUCCUGAUGGAAGCAACUACUGGGUGAGUAGCCAUGGAAGGCAUAUAGGUGGAAGUGAUGCAGAUGAUUCUUGAAGUCCUCUCUCUAUCCUUAUGAUUUGGCAUCCAUUGUAAAUGUAAUUCUUCAACCUCAACUCCAACUUGCUUUUAUAAGACCAACAAAAGAGCUUUAUUCUAUUGCGCUCAAUAUUAUCUGAAAAUCCCUCAGUAUAUAAACUCUGAUUCUGUGUAAUGAUCAUGCUUCAUCAAAACCUAUGCUUCUUA